UUUUGUUUUUCACCCCAAAAUAAGAAAAUCACGUAAAAUUCCGAAUCGCGAAUCGGUUCCAAUCUGCGUUUCCGCCCGGAUGCCACGAUGACGUCUACAUCCGGUACAAACCAGGACCAACCAUCGUCAACGACGAGCACCGUGGUCGGUCCGCUGAACUUCACCAAGGACGGUUCCGCUCCGGCUAGCCGACUGUGCGACGAGGAUGACCGCGUCCGGUGCAUGUUCUGCGACGAGGUGUACAACCUUCGGGUCGAGGAGGGCCGGAACCAGUAUUUGGCCCAUUUGUUCGUUGCGCACCGGCUGGUGAUUGCGGAUGUGGGGGAGGUCGCUUGCUUGGGGAGUUAUAGCAACUUUUGGGCGGAACGGUUCCGGGGAGUGGAGGGGGCGCUCGAGCGGUACUGUUCGGCGAUGUUGCUGAACCAGCUGCCGGAUGGGACGCCGGCGCGGGAUGAGAAGUACUUUAUGCUGAGCGACAUUGAGCCGAUGGAUUACGAGCUGAGGCUGCGGUUGAAGCGGGAGAUGAUGGAGUUGGUGUUGGCGCGGCAUCAGUUUGAGCGGACGGAUCGCGGGUUUGGCCGGGGUUGUUUGUACUGUCGUGAUUUGGUGGCGGCGACGAGGUCGGAGUUUAUUGAGCAUCUUUAUACGAAGCACUUUUUGCUGCUGGGGAAGGCCGAGAAUUUGGUGUUUGUGGAUGAGCUUGUGGACGUGGUGCAGGACAAGAUGGACCGGCUGAUUUGUCUGUACUGUGAAAAGGUGUUUAAAGACCGACCUACGUUGAAGGAGCACAUGAGGAAGAAGGGUCACAAGCGGAUCAACCCGGAGAACAAGGCUUACGAUAGGUUCUUUUUGAUAAACUACCGAAAUGAUAAGCUGAAGAAGGGCAGCGUGAAUCCUCCGGUAAGACAGCCGAUCCCGGUGAGGGCACGCGAGCCGGAGAGUUCUCCGUUUCACUCGGAAGACUCAGACUCGGAUUGGUCCGAUUGGUACGGCGAGGAACAGCCAACGACUUGUUUGUUCUGCGAAGUCACUCGAACUCAAAUCGACGACCUGAAAGCGCACAUGAAAACGGAACAUAACUUCGAUUUUGACGCCCAGGUCGUAGGGCUGAACUUCUACCAGCGAGUCAAGAUCGUCAACUACAUCCGACGACAGAUGCACGACCUGCGAUGUGUCACCUGCCGAGAAGAAUUCCCUUCCAAGGACCAACUCCACGCACACCUGAAACAGGAAGGCCACUUCGGAACUGGCGAACAGCAGCACUGGGACCAGCCAGGAUUCUUCUUUCCAACCUACGAGGACGACCAGUUCCUGUGCCACCUGGAGGACGACAGCCCGGACCUGUCCGACGACAGCUCGGUGGUCAUUUCGGAACCACGCCCGACGGCGAACGUCAGCGCCGACGCGGAAUCGCUUUCGCUGGAGAAGUUUCGACUCGAGUAGUUAGUCUUAAUAAAUUGUUGUACAUUUUUGCUAAGGUAAUCUUAAUCAAUAAACAGUUGGGAAGUCA